AUCGUAUCGAUAUUCUGAUCGAUAACCUCGAGAUGAGGCCUUUUUUGGUACUCGCGAUCAUUUGCCUGUUAGGGAAGAUCAUCGAUGCCCGGGCCGUUGAAAAUGAUAUCGAUAAGAAUCAGCGCGGAAAACGACGACAAAAGUUCUCUAUUGAAGAAUUACUCACCGUCAAAUUUUCGCAUAUUAUAACCGGAGAUUUGGACAUCGAUAUUUGUAAAGCUGGCGGCUUUCUCGGUGACAUUGCACUGCCAAAUAUCAAAUAUGAGACAGAAUGGCGCGAGCAAAAGUUAAAUAAAAGCUAUUUGGAAGAAUUAAAGAAGUACAGAGAAGAAAUAUUAAACGAGGGUCUUCAAGUAGAAGAAGAAGGACUUACGGGUACAAAAAUUCUUCAGUUUAAAAGUGAACGAGGUGUUAAUGAACACAUGCUCACUGAACAUGGCGAUGCGGUUAUUCAAAAAAAGCCAAAGUCCAUUAUGAUAGAUCGCAAUCAAUAUAAAAUGGAUGACGAACCUGAUGGUGAUUUCAGCUUUAAUCAUAGAAGCGAUAAUAUUAAUCCUGCAGUGAAAAAUGAAGGUUUUGCGAUUAGAUUGGAAUCCUCGACUCAAGCUUCGAAAAAAAGGUAUUUCGAAAAACAAGCUCGUCGACAGAUUUCGAGGACGGUAUCGAUAUCAGAAUCAGUGAAAGCUAAAUACUCGAAUCAUGACAUACCUCUCGAAUUUUUACCCUCUACAGCUUUUACUACCGAGGGUAAUAAAUAUAUAGGUCACGUAUAUACAGACAGCAUCAAGGAAACAUUUAACGCGAAACCUGAAAUGAAUACCCAAAAUCCAUCGAAUCGACGACAGCGACGUCAUCAUCGUAAAAGAAUUUUAGGAAGAUGUUCUCAGCGUCAUUGCAAUCGACGAAUGCAUGACUUUAUUACCGAUGCAUCUGAUGAAAUCAUAUCUAUACACGAUCGACAUCUCCGUUCCAUUGAAUUCUAUGAUAUGAACCAUAAGUCGAAAUACUUUGCAAGCAAGCGUGGUACAAAAAACUUUUUAAGCAGAAUACGUCGAGCGGCUACUGCGAGGAAAGAGCGAGUAUGGGAUCAUGGCGUGAUUCCCUACGAAAUUGAUGGAAAUUUUUCUGGCGCACAUAAAGCAUUAUUCAAACAGGCAAUGAGACACUGGGAAAACUUCACUUGCGUUAAAUUUGUGGAGAGGGUAUCCAGAGAGCAUCCGAAUUAUAUUCUAUUUACAGAAAGACCUUGCGGAUGUUGUUCCUUUGUCGGAAAAAGAGGUAAUGGACCGCAAGCUAUUAGUAUUGGAAAAAACUGUGAUAAGUUUGGCAUAGUUGUACACGAGUUAGGUCAUGUCGUUGGAUUUUGGCACGAGCAUACUCGACCGGAUCGCGACCGUCAUGUACAAAUCAUCCGAGAUAACAUUAUGAGUGGUCAAGAAUAUAAUUUUAAUAAAUUGACAGAAGAAGAAGUGAAUUCACUUGGCUUGCCCUAUGAUUAUGAUUCCAUAAUGCACUAUGCAAAGAAUACCUUUUCGAAAGGUACUUAUCUUGACACAAUCCUACCUAUGGAAUCUCAUGGAAAAAAGAGACCCGAGAUUGGACAAAGAAUCAGACUGAGCGAGGGCGAUAUCGCGCAAACAAAUUUGUUAUAUAAAUGUCACAAAUGCGGUAGAACAUUUCAGGAGAAUAGUGGUGUUUUCGGAUCCCCGAAUAAUUCUCCAUCUACCGAUGGGGAUCGAUGCGAAUGGAGGAUUACGGCGACACAUGGUGAACGUAUCGUCUUAAACAUUACAUUUCUCGAUAUACUGAAAAGCAAUUUUUGCCGCAGUGAUUAUCUUGAAAUUCGAGAUGGAUAUUGGUACAAGAGUCGAGUAUUAGGUCGAUAUUGCGGCAGUGGUAAAAUGCACGAGCCAAUAGUGUCGAGCGGAAGUCGUAUGCUGGUAACGUACGUGACGUCCAGUAAGUUAAAUAGCCAUCGCGGCUUCACGGCUAGUUACGAAGCUGUUUGCGGCGGUGAUGUCGAAUUAGAUGGCAUAGGUCAUUUGGAAUCACCAAAUUAUCCAGAAGAAUAUCAAUCCAGUAAAGAGUGCGUGUGGAAACUAUCUGUACCCAACAACUAUCAAGUGGCCUUGAAGUUUCAGUCUUUCGAAAUCGAGAACCAUGACAAUUGCGUGUACGACUACGUCGAAGUGCGUGACGGACAUAACAACGAUUCCCCCUUAAUCGGCGUUUAUUGUGGGUACAAGAUACCACCAGAUAUCAAGUCGACGGGGAAUAAGCUGCUCGUUAAGUUCGUCAGCGACGGUUCUGUGCAAAAGGCUGGCUUCUCGGCAACUUUUAUGAAAGAGUUCGACGAAUGCGUAUUAACGGAUCACGGUUGCGAGCACGAUUGUACCAACACGCUCGGUGGAUACGAAUGUUCUUGUAAAAUCGGUUACGAGUUACAUUCCGAUGGCAAGCAUUGCGAAGAUGCAUGCGGUGGAUUUUUCGACGAUAGUAAUGGUACCAUUACGAGUCCAUCCUUUCCCGAAGCAUAUCCAGGAAACAAAAAUUGCGUCUGGGAAAUUAUCGCGCCACCUCAAUAUCGUAUUACUCUAAAUUUUACGCAUUUCGAUCUCGAGGGCAAUAAUUUAUAUCAGGAGGAAUGCGAAUACGAUUCCGUGGAGGUGGCUAGUAAGCUUGGUGACGAUGUUCUCAGAAAGCACGGAUUAUUUUGCGGUGUUCGAUUACCGCCAUUAAUAACAUCCGAAGGCAAUUUCAUGAGAAUCACCUUCACAUCCGAUAACAGCGUCCAAAAAUCAGGCUUUGCUGCUAUAUUUUUUACGGAUAUGGAUGAAUGUGCCAAUAACAAUGGAGGAUGUCAGCACGAGUGCAAAAAUACGAUAGGUUCUUAUCAGUGCUCUUGCCACAAUGGUUUUACACUUCACGAAAAUGGUCUCGAUUGUAAAGAAGGUGGUUGUAAAUACGAGAUUACCGCCCCCGUGGGAACAAUUACCUCACCGAAUUAUCCGGAUUACUAUCCCAGUCGUAAAGAUUGCGUUUGGCAUUUUACUACAAAACCAGGCCAUCGGAUAAAAUUGGUCUUUAAAGUUUUUGAAAUGGAAUCGCAUCAAGAAUGUGCGUACGAUCAUAUCGCUAUUUACGAUGGAGAUUCGGCAGACAGCCUUACCUUAGGUAGAUUUUGCGGUACCAAAGGUCCGCAUCCAAUUCUCGCAACUGGCAAUCAAAUGUACAUGGUCUUUAAGAGCGACGCUUCCGUGCAAAGAAAAGGAUUUCUAGCGAUCCAUAGCACAGCUUGCGGUGGUCAUCUUAUGGCAACGGAUAAAACGAAGUAUUUAUAUUCUCACGCUAAAUACGGUUAUCAUAAUUACGAUCAUAGAACCGAUUGCGACUGGAUAAUAGAAGCACCACUUGGCAAAAGUAUUCGUUUAUCUUUUCUUUCAUUUCAACUCGAAUACGAAACCGAAUGUGGAUACGAUUUCGUCGAAGUAUUCUCCGGGUUAGACGCAUCCAGCCCGCCAUACGGGCGAUUUUGUGGUAAUUCCAAUGCCACGGAUUUUUACUCUAUAAACGAAGCGCUGCUGGUAAGAUUCAGAACGGACGAUACAAUUUCGGGCAAAGGUUUCAAAGCCGUAUUCGUAGCUAUCGAUCGUCAAGACAGCGAAGAAAAUUUUGGUGGUGAAGAGGACGAAGAUCAGAAUCUUUGAUUCAUAGCUCGAUUAUCGAAUCAAUUAAAAUGAGUGAAUUUUUCGAGUUUAUCUUUGCGAAAAGUACUAGUUCUACCACAAUAUUACGCGUAUAUUUUUCUAUAUACGUUAGAUGAAAUAUUCAUCAGUGUAUUAAAAAACUUUUAUUUAUUUUUUUUAAGAUAUAUCUCAUCGAGGAUAAAAUGUCGAACUGAUAAAAAUUCGAUAUAAAUUUGUUUCGCGUAACAAUGGAUGUAACUUUGUCCAACGAUUAUCUAUAAAAAAAGCGAAGUAACAUUUACCAUAAUAUACGGUCUCUAGUUAAAUGCAACGAUGUAUAUUUCGCAUUCUAUAAGAUAUCUAAAUCUUGAAACAUACGUUGAACCGUAUGUAUCGCGUUAUUUUUCGAACCAUAUUAAAACGACAGAUAAAUAUUACAAGAAUGGUCACAUCGUAUAUUACAAGAAUAUACGACAAUCGCGUUCACGAAUCGCGAAAGGCAAUUGUCAAUCGACGACAAUGCGUUUUAUAGUUUAUCGUUGGUGCCUCACGGUUUAAAUUAUAUAAAAAGAAGAAAAGGAAAAUGAGUAAAAUAUUCUAUCAAGUAAUUAUUGUUGUCACUAUAAAAGUUUCAACAAGUUAUUUUACUCGCUUAUUUUAAUUAACAAAACAAAUACCAACGCGACUACAUUACGUGUACAAUUUCCGUAUUUAGGAAGCAAUAAUUUUAUUUGUUUCAAUCAUAAGAUUUAUUUGUUUCAAUCAUAAUUAUAUUAUUUAUAAAUUUUUCAUCGAUAGAUAUUUUCAAAUAGAACAUAAUCGAUGUGGUCUAUAUCACACGAUCCAGCUACGUGCCAUAUAUAGUAAAAUAUAUAUAAUUUUUUUUUCGAUCUUUUCACGUUAUAGAGCUGAACGAAAUUUUAUCAUAUCGUAUGCAAGCGAUAUUCUUUUCUCCUUGAUGUCAUUCUCAUCAGGAACAAACACUGCCUAAAGGACAGUAAUAUAUCGAUAUUUCAUGUUUCAUAAUUAAUAACGAAACAUUUUACUUAACAAUUAGAUUAUAGAAGGCAUUUGGGUUUUACGUAUUAUAUUAAUGGCGUUUCGCAUCGCAUGGCGUCUGAUUACGCCGAUUUACGAUCUUGCAAUCGAUUAAGUUGGCUCGCAAUGUACUUGUACGAUGAUGUGCGUAAAUAUAAAUAAAUAUUAAUAUAAGUAUAAAUAUAUAAAUAUAAAUGUAAAUAUAAAUAUAAAUAUAUAAAUAUAUAUAUACAUAUACACAUGUAUACACAUGUAUACAUAUAUACAUAUAUACAUACAUACAUACAUACAUACAUACAUACAUACAUACAUACAUACAUACAUACAUACAUACAUACAUACAUACAUACAUACAUACAUACAUACAUACAUACAUACAUACAUACAUACAUACAUACAUACAUACAUACAUACAUACAUACAUACAUACAUACAUACAUACAUACAUACAUACAUAUACAUACAUACAUACAUACAUACAUACAUACAUACAUACAUACAUACAUACAUGCAUACAUGCAUACAUACGAUGUCUCGUAAUAUAAAAGGUAAUAGUAUUUUGUCAUAGAUGUUUCUUUUUUUUUAAGAUUAGAAGUAAAAAAAGUAAAAUACUGUGUCAUUUUGAAAUACUUAUUAUAUAGAAUUAUAUAAAAUACUUAUUAUAUAGAAAAAAUAUAUAUGUAAAUAAGUGUAUGCAUGUAUGUGUAUGUAUCCGUGUAGGUAAAUUUUUUUUUUCGUGUGCAUGUACGUCAUUUCUGAGAAAGUAUUUGAAAGGUAUACAUUCCAACGUGUUGAUUUUAUCGUAUACGAAUAAAGUGAAUUAUAACAGCAUUUUAUACAUAGCAGUGACAUUAAUAAUUUGUAGCCUAAUGAAUUAUGAAAUAAAUAUUAAAACGUU